UUGUUACCAUCAUCCCCGCCAGCUUGUCUUUGGCUGGGUCGGGUGCAACUUCCAUUUUAGGUGUUGGAUCUGAAAGAGGAGGCGAGGGGCAAAAAAGCCAGAAAGGAAGAAGCAGCAGCAGAUCCCAGAGGAGAAAGAGGUGGAGAGGGAAAAAAAUCACUACAUUGGCUGGUUUUUUUUUGUUUUUUUUUUAAACCAACACAUUUUGGCAGGCUUUUGCCAAAUGUUUUGCCUCUUACAUUUCCUUUAGAAAUUUGUUGGAAAAGUCCACAUUAGAGUUUUGGGUGUGUGUUUGCAAAGAGACCAUAAAAAGGAUCUCACGGAGGGAAAUUUUGUUGGAGACUGACAUUGUCACCCUGAGAGAUUAGAAGGGAAGUUAUAGGGCAGAGGAACAGCCACACUGACAACUUUUUUAUUUAUUUUUGCUUUUAUUUCUUCCCCCGGUACUUUAAAAAACCCACAAGGAGGAGAAACAAACUUAUAGAUCUCGCGAGUGCAGCUCCUGAGAAGGGAGAAAGCCAGGCUCUCUUCCCUCCUGCUUCCUCACUGGUGGUGGCUGGGCUGCUUCUCCCAUGAUUUUUUACAUCUAGACCUGGCUGUGCUGUGCCUUAGCCAAUCAAAUCCGACCUUCCUUCCUUACAGUGAGGGGCUCCUUCCCCUCUUUCUCCCCCCUCACCCGUCUGACCCUGGUGUUCUCACACGCCCCGUGCCCUACACCCUCCCUCCCCCUCCCCCCGUGUGGGGCCCUCAUCACCAUGGACGACUCGGAAGUGGAGUCAACUGCCAGCAUCCUGGCCUCCGUCAAGGAGCAGGAGGCGCAGUUUGAGAAGCUGACCCGGGCGCUGGAGGAGGAGCGGCGCCACGUCUCGGCGCAGCUGGAGCGCGUCCGGGUCUCCCCACAGGACGCCAGCCAGACGAUGGCCAACGGCACCCUCACCCGCCGGCAUCAGAACGGCCGUUUCCUGGGCGAUGCUGACCUGGAGAGGCAGAAAUUUCCAGAUCUGAAACUCAACGGACCACCGGACCGCAGCCACCUCCUCUACAGCACGAUCCCCAGGAUGCAGGACCCAGGCCAGAUUGUGGAGGAGACGUAUACCAUGGAGGAGGACCCAGAGGGUGCCAUGUCUGUUGUCUCAGUGGAGACAUCUGAUGAUGGGACCACCCGGCGCACAGAGACCACGGUGAAGAAGGUGGUGAAGACUGUGACCACGCGGACAGUACAGCAGGUCCCCGUUGGGCCGGAUGGGUUGCCUGUGGAGGGUUCUCCUGUCUCCAAUAACUACAUCCAGACAGUGGACAGGAACUUCCGUAAAAAUGGCAACGGGGGGCCUGGCAGCUACCUGGGCCAGCCUGGCACCGCCACACUCCCCCGUAACUAUCACUACCCAGAUGGCUACGGUCGCCCCUAUGAGGACGGCUACCCUGGCAGCGACCACAGCUAUGGCAGCCUGUCCCGUGUGACCCGUAUCGAUGAACGUUACCGUCCCGCCAUGGAUGGCUACCGGGCCCCGAGCCGUCAGGAUAUCUACGGUCCCCAGCCACAGGUGCGGGUAGGGGGGAGCAACGUGGACCUGAACCGCUUUCACCCAGAGCCAUAUGGGCUGGAAGACGACCAGCGCAGCAUUGGCUACGAAGACAUGGACUAUGGGAUGAUGCCGGACUAUGGCACUGCCAGGCGGGCGGGGACUCCCUCAGACCCCAGGCGUCGACUCAGGAGUUAUGAGGAUAUGCUGGUGGAUGAGGUGGCCCCUGAUCAGUACUACUGGGCCCCACUGGCCCAGCAUGAGCGUGGCAGCCUGGCGAGCCUGGACAGCCUGCGGAAGGGAGGGCCCCUGCCAGCCAACUGGCGCCAGCCAGAGCUGCCUGAGGUGAUUGCCAUGCUGAAUUUCCGCCUGGAUGCGGUCAAAUCCAAUGCGGCGGCUUACCUGCAGCACCUGUGCUACCGCAACGACAAGGUGAAGACGGAAGUGCGAAAGCUGAAGGGCAUUCCGGUGCUGGUAGGGCUGCUGGACCACCCCAAGAAGGAGGUACACUAUGGGGCCUGUGGGGCCCUUAAGAACAUCUCCUUUGGCCGAGACCAGGACAACAAGAUUGCCAUCAAGAACUGCGAUGGUGUCCCUGCCCUGGUGCGGCUGCUGCGCAAGGCCCGUGACAUGGACCUCACUGAGGUCAUCACAGGGACGUUGUGGAAUCUCUCCUCUCAUGACUCUAUAAAGAUGGCCAUUGUGGACCACGCGCUGCAUGCCCUCACUGACGAGGUCAUCAUCCCGCGCUCCGGCUGGGAGAAAGAGCCCAACGAGGACUCCAAGCCACGCCACAUAGAGUGGGGGUCGGUGCUCACCAACACCGCUGGCUGCCUUAGAAACGUGAGCUCUGAGCGGAGCGAGGCUCGUCGGAAACUGCGUGAGUGCGACGGGUUGGUGGAUGCCUUGAUAUACAUUGUCCAGUCGGAGAUUGGCCAGAAAGACUGCAACAGCAAGCUGGUCGAGAACUGUGUCUGCCUGCUGCGGAACCUAUCGUAUCAAGUCCACCGUGAGAUCCCGCACGCUGAGCGCUACCAGGAAAUGCCUCUUAACCCCGCCAACAAUGCUGGGCCCCACGCUGCCAGCUGCUUUGGUGCCAAGAAAGGCAAAGAUGAGUGGUUCUCCAGAGGCAAAAAACCUCUAGAAGAGCCUGGUGCUGAUACAGUGGACUUUCCCAAAAGAACAAGUCCUGCAAAAGGGUAUGAGCUCCUCUUCCAACCAGAAGUAGUCCGGAUAUAUAUCUCGCUGCUGAAGGAGAGCAAGACCCCUGCCAUCCUAGAGGCCUCAGCAGGAGCCAUCCAGAACCUGUGUGCUGGUCGCUGGACGUAUGGCCGGUACAUCCGUUCGGCGCUGCGCCAGGAAAAGGGGCUCUCUGCUGUCGCUGAUCUCCUGACCCACGACAGUGAGCGGGUGGUGAAAGCAGCAUCCGGCGCCUUGCGUAACCUGGCAGUGGAUUCCCGCAACAAAGAACUGAUAGGUAAACAUGCCAUCCCCAACCUAGUGAAGAACCUGCCAGGCGGGCAGCAGACCCCAGCCAAGAACCUGUCUGAGGACACGGUGGUGUCGAUCCUGAACACCAUCAACGAGGUCAUUGUGGACAAUUUGGAGGCCGCCAAAAAACUGCGUGAGACUCAGGGCAUCGAGAAGCUGGUGCUGAUCAACAAAUCUGGGAACAGAUCAGAGAGGGAAGUCCGAGCCGCUGCCCUUGUCUUGCAGACAAUUUGGGGGUAUAAGGAACUGCGGAAGCCACUGGAGAAGGAAGGAUGGAAGAAAUCUGACUUCCAGGUGAAUCUAAACAAUGCCUCUCGGAGCCAGGGAGGUAACUCGUUCGAUGACAGCACCUUGCCCCUCAUUGACAGGAACCAAAAAGCAGAUAAGAAAUCCUCCCGAGAGGAGAUCCAGAUGAGCAACAUGGGACCAGACAACAACUACACCACACUGGAGGAGAGAGACCACAAUAGGACCCUAGACCGGUCUGGAGACCUGGGCGACGUGGAGCCGCUGAAGGGAGCACCGUUGAUGCAGAAGAUCUAGUCUCCUCCCUGCCUCCGCUCAGUUUGGGUUUAUAGUAUGUUAUAUACAACUCUUUCUUUGUGGUGGAAUGGACUGAUUUUUACCUUACUUUUGCUGGACUCUUUUUGUGCCAACUACCCAGCCAAAUGAUUGGCCCUCUGCACCCCUUCUGCCUGGGGGUGGGGGACAUCCGGACAGGGCCCCCUCACUCCCUUCUGUAGACGGCUGCCCCUCGAUCCUUGGACGCCUUUUUAUCUUUCCUUCCAAGAGCAACUUCUGCAGACCAAAUACUUCUGAGGGAUCUCACUGGAGCGACUAAGGCAGGCUCUUCAAGGAACUCCUCCUCUGACGCCACAAUCUCCUGCUGCACUCACAGCGCAAGGUGGAUCUCAGUGGAGCCCUGUUGUACUGGGAUUGCUUUUCCUUUAAGAGACAUCAGCUCUGCUCCUGGAGGCAGGGGUCCAAGUCCACCGCUGCCUCUUAGCCUAUAGAAUAUAUUUUUGUGUGUGAUCACUUUGCAACAAAGGAUGCUGGGAAUACAGGAACAUUCCAGGCAGUGGUGAUGGGAGGGGUAGGGACUGGCAGUUGCUGGGAGGGGGAAAUCGCAAUACUCCUGUCUCAUGAUUGAUUGCAUUUGGAUGCCAGAUGGUGGUUGUGGGGAAGUCCUGUCCUGAGUGGACUUCUGUUUGGUUGGCCUAUUGCCUCUUAUAUGGGGGAGGAGAGGUGUGUAAAUGGAUGUGCAAGGGUGGGGAUUGGAUCACUUUGCUUCCUACUCUGUAGUGGGGCCUGGGUGAGUGUUCAUCCGGAUGGGUUGUUCAGGGGCAGGUAUUUGAGAGAGGAGCCAGCUUGGGAGACAGUGGCGAGGGAUGUGAGGGAGAAGAUCCUGGUAUGUAGCAGGGGCAGGGCUGGCUCUCCGAUGGGAAGAGGGUGUCGGGUUUUUUAAGAGAUGCACUGUUUCGUUAACUGUCCUAAGUCUGAAAGGUGCCAUGGCUUGGGGUAUGCUGGGAGGAGGGGGGUGAUGGAUUGGGACGGGUGGUGAUAGGAAGCAAAAACUGGCUUGGAACUACUAUCCCCAUCCCAUACACAUUGGGUGAAUGCAGCAGUGUCUGUCGGUCUCUCGACACGUGCCUUUCUUUGCCACUGUGAAACAGUUUCUUCCAACUCGUAGGCCCGCUCGCCUGGUAGAGGAGGAGGAGGUGUGUGUUUGGAUUCAAGGAGUUGGGGAUCUCUGGCAUAGACUAGCUUCUGCUCUCCUCCCCACUUGGGGUUCUGGCCUUACUGUGUUGAUACCUCCCCUGGACACAAGGGGUAGCUGGAUUCCCAGGAAUGUUUGGGUUGUGGGGAUAAGUAGGGGCUUCUCUGUCCUACCUAAAUCCUCAUUGCAGUGAGGUGGGGAAGGGAGAGCAUUGUCAGCCUGCACAUAAUGGGAUUGCCUGCUGAGACUGGGAAGCUUCAGGGACUUAGGUGGGAACACCAAGUGGUCUUGGCCUCCCCACCCCAUUCAGCCAGGUGGAAGGGGAAACCAUGGGUGCUCUGAUGAAGGGGGUGUGUCUUUGCCUCCCCAUGGAAGACGUUCCUAGCCCCUCUUCUGCAUACAGUGCAACUGUAAGCCUCCCCUUAAGGCCACAAACUGGACCUGGAUUGCUCUAGUCUUGUGUGCUCAAAUGGGAUUCUCAUUUUCCCCCCACUGUGCAUGCACUACACAAGGGAGAAGGUCUGGGCUGGGAGAUCUCUGUGCCUCUCUAACCCCACCUUUGUCGCUUCCAGCCUUUUUCCCUUGGAAGGGACUGAAGUACAAAUCCAAGCUGUCUUUCUGGGGUCUAACUCUUAUGUAUGUAAAACACUAAUUCCUUUUUUAAUUCCAGAUGAACCAAAAACUCCUCCUUUCCCCCACAGACUGCUUUAGCACCUGCAGCGGGGAACCAAUAACUGACUAUUUUGCUCUCUUCUGCACCCCUUGUUGUGGGGUGCGGGGAACCUGUUCUUUGUCUGAUUCCUGCGCGCGCUCUUGUAAUGCUUUUAAAACAAAAUGAUUUUUUUAUAUAAAUAAAGUUUUUAAAGUGUGUA